UAAAUAUUGCAAGUACUAAUACUAUUUGAGAGGGUAUUAUAUAUGCAUAUCUCCCUGGGUUUGAACUGGGGACGUCGGCAGGGAGAUUGACGAUGAUCAGUAGAGAUGCCGCCCGGCUGAAUCUGAAUCUGGCACAGUUAAUUGAAAUGAUUUGCAUUUUGAGGGCAGGGUCGCAGUAAUUAAUGUUCGUUGGAUGGGUUAGAGAUACUCCCAAGCGAUGAUCAAUGUGAGUAGCGUAACCCUUCGUGAGCCGAUGGAUUCAUAUGUAAGAUCUUGGGCUUGAGUUCCCCUAAUAAUUCCUGUUUGGUUGAAAUUCUCAGUGCGCAACGGGCAUCGCUAUAGCACUCAGCGCUCAUCUCGGCAAAUAUCAGAUGGUGCCGCUGCCUCGGCUUCGGAGGUUUCCUAGUCCAGUAUCAGUUAUGCUUCAGUUAGUCGCACUGGGCCGUUUGCUAUAGACGGUUGACGGUGACAAAGUAGGACAUCGGGACAUCUGUUGUAUGCGAGAUUAAGAAGAUUCCAAGUGAAAGUCUUCUUCGUUUACUGUCCUAGGAAUUAAGUCAGUCCUAAUCCAAUAACUAUGGAUGCUGCUGCAGAGUACCAGAGACUGAGCCAAAGGAUGGAUAAAAGCCAGGCAAAAGACCAGACAGAGAGAAGCUCCGUUCUCUAUACCACAUCCAGCGAUGAGCUUACUAUUAACUGUUGCCUAAACAAAAUCGAGGGACAACUUCCGUUGGAGGGACAGGCAGAGGCGGUGGAGAGGGGUGUAAAAUCCUCUGGCCAGCGCGAUCAAUGGAGUCGGGGAGUGGAGUUCCUCUUUUCGUGCAUUGCUCUGUCCGUGGGCCUGGGAAAUGUCUGGCGCUUUCCGUUCAUCGCAUUGGAGAAUGGCGGGGGAGCCUUUGUGAUCCCCUAUGUAAUAGUACUCCUCCUGAUCGGCAGACCGAUCUAUUAUCUGGAGGUGGUCAUAGGACAGUUCUCGAGCCGGGGCUGCAUCAAGGCCUUCGACAUGGUGCCCAUUAUGAAGGGAAUCGCCUACGGCCAGGUAUACUCCACUGCCCUGGCCACCACCUACUACGCCUGCAUUAUGGCCUUAACCAUACGCUAUCUGGUGGCUAGCUUUGAAGCUGUCCUGCCGUGGACCUACUGUCUGGUGGAGUGGGGCAGUGCUUGCGUGGCCACAGGAGCCACCGUCACACCCAACGGAACUGCCCUCGGCCAGGGUGUAUCUUCUGCGGAGCUUUACUUCACGCAUACGGUGCUCAGGGAGCCUGAGAACCUGCAGGAGAAUGGCCUGGGAACUCCCAGCUGGGACCUGGUGCUCUGCUUGUUCGCUACCUGGCUGAUCAUUGGCACCAUCCUCUUCAAAGGCAUACGCAGCUCGGGCAAGGCAUCCUACUUCCUGGCCCUCUUUCCGUAUCUGAUCAUGCUGAUCCUGUUGGGGAGGGCGUUGACCUUGCCCGGCGCCUGGCGCGGCAUCGUCUACUUCCUCGAGCCGAAGUGGUCCGAGCUGCUGAAUCCGCAGGUCUGGUAUGCUGCCAUCACCCAGAUGUUCUUCUCGCUGGCUAUCUGCUUCGGCACCCUGGUCAUGUACGCCUCCUUCAACGACUUCCACAAGAAUGUCCACAAAGAUGUUAUCAUCAUCACCAGCAUUGAUUCCUUCACCUCAAUCCUUGCCGGCUGCAUCAUCUUCGGUAUCCUGGGCAAUCUGGCCCAUGAAACCAACACCGAAGACAUCGCUCAGGUGGUCCAGGGAGGAGCUGGACUGGCCUUCAUCUCGUAUCCGGAGGCGAUUGCCAAGUUCAAGUAUCUGCCGCAGCUGUUUGCCGUGCUGUUCUUCUUCAUGCUGCUGGUGCUGGGGAUCGGGUCCAACGUGGGCAUGGCCAGUUCUGUGAUCAACGUGGUUAAGGAUCGGUUCAACCAUCUGCCCCACUGGCUACUGUCCGCCACCUUCUCCCUAAUCGGCUUCCUAUGCGGGCUGGUCUAUAUGACGCCGGGCGGACAAUUCGUUCUCAACCUGGUGGACUUUUACGGCUGCACCUUCAUAGCCAUUUUCCUGGCCAUUGCCGAGAUGCUGGCCGUGGGCUGGAUCUACGGGGUGAAGCGCAUCUGCAGCGACAUCGAGUUCAUGCUGAACGUAAAGACGAGCUUCUACUGGCGCAUCUGCUGGGCCAUUGUGGCACCCGGCCUGAUGUUCCUCGUCCUGGCCUAUAUGCUUUCCAACUAUGAGCCCCUGACCUAUCGAAGUGUGGAGUAUCCCCGGGCUGCUUAUACGGCGGGCUGGAUCAUCUGGGGCCUGGGAGUGCUACAGCUGCCCAUUUGGGCCAUCUAUACGAUCUAUCAGCAGCCGGGAAAGACUUUCAGCAGCAAAUUGAAGAUGUCCCUGCAGCCCACGAUGGACUGGGGUCCCCGCCAGCCACAGGAGUUCGAGGCGUACAUCCUGCACAGGAAUCGCCAAGCGGAGUUCAAGCCGCGACGCGGCGGCUACCUCAUUGACAACAUCUUUGGCUAAACUAUU